GUAUUUAUAUUCCGCCAUUUUGUCGGGAAUUUUUUCGUAGCUGCUUGAGGAUCGAAUCGGCCUUGGUAAUUCGAAUAUAUUUGAUAUUUGUAGCCUUUCAUCGUGUACUAGCUUAGUUAAUGAUUAAUUUACGAUCUAGUAGGCAAAAUAUGGGUAACAAAAGGUAGAUAAUAUUAAUAACGCGAUGCAAGUUUCCGUACCACCUGUUGGGUUUUGUUGUAUUCCUCAACUACCCAGUUUAGAUCUUUACAAUCGCCUGAUAAAAGCCUAGUGUUUUCAUAUUUGGUAGAUAUAAAUUAUCAUUUAGAUUAAACAUUUUUAAUAGAGGUAAAAUUAAGACUAGUAAUUCUUUUUUGUUUUCCACGGAAACUAUGACGAUCGGUUAAGCCAAUAGAGCUUAUCCAGAAGAGUUUAAGAUAACGCCAAUAAUUGCUUCGUCACGUUAUAAACAUUUCUUCGUGGAAAUCAAUUUUUCCUAAUGUCAGAAAUUGGAUAUUGUAUAAUUCUCUACGAACUCUUGAUAAAAGAAGAGAUAAUGAAGUAACACGCCUAUGUACCGUUGAGUACACGGUGGUGAUUAUAUCCUUUGUUAAGACCGUCAUAAGCAGCUAUUUCUUAGUACUUUAUAUUUUGUUAUAUGAAACGUUUGAAUACGAGGAUUGAUCUUAAAAAAAAAAGUUCAUUUUUCCUAACUCAGAUAAUAUCUGGUUUUAGUUAACUCCGAUGUAUUUUAAAGACUUUAGUUUCAUUUCUUACCUUAGCAGGAAAUUAAUUACAUUACCUGCUUUGAAGCCCAAUAACCUUGAAAUCAUUUUUGAUGAAAGAACUGUUUCAAAUUUAUUCUAUAAGACAUCAAGUUUCCAAUUGUGACAAAUUGCAUGCCUCCUUUAAUAUAUAUAUGAUUAGUUUCAAAGUUACAACAUAAUUUUAGUAUUAUUGUUUUUUUUUCAGGUAAAAAAAUCAUGAGCGACAGUGAAGGAGAAAAAAACAAAGGAGUGAAGCGUGAACAUGAUGAGAGUGAUAAACACGAAGAUCGUGAGCAACCACAAAAGAAAAUGCGGAUAGGAGAAGGUUCCCAGAUUGAAUGUAGAAUUUUACUUCCAAGCAAGGUUGCCGGCGCUAUAAUCGGAAAAGGCGGAUCGGUUAUCAAAGGGUUGAGAGAAGAGUGUGGUUUAACUAGGAUACUCGUAAUAAGUGCCACUACGGGCUCUGUUUGUGAGUUAAUGUUGAAAAUCGUGCCAAUCAUCGAAGAAAACGAUGAAAGAGAGAUACGCUUACUUGUGCACCAGUCACAAGCUGGUUGCAUUAUUGGAAAAGCUGGAGCAAAAAUCAAGGAAUUGCGUGAGCAAACUGGGGCUAAUAUCAAAGUGUUUGGUAAAUGUUGCCCGGAUUCCACUGAAAGGGUGUGUGCUAUUGGUGGCUCUUCAGCAACUACUAUAGCUGAUGCUCUUGGUGUGAUCUUUGGGUUACUGCAAUCAUGCCCACCUAAAGGUUAUAGCAAUUUGUACGAACCAAAUAAUUGCGAUGAAUAUAUGAUACAAGAGUAUGGAGGCUUCUCAUCAAUGCAAGAUAGAGGAGGUCGAGGCGGUCGAGGUGGUAAAAACGAUAGACGAGGAGGUGGCAGAGACGGAGGUAGAAGAGGUGGGGGUUCAGCUCCUAACUCAUCUGGAGGUAGACGAGAUCGCAUGUCAGAUCGUGGAGGAAGACGAGAUACAGGGAGAAGAGGAAUGGCUCCAAGGGGGGGAUUUCGUGAAAACUUCCCGCCCGAGGGCAUGAGAGAUAACAGAAAUAAUAGGUACCCUGAGGGAGGACCUGGCUUUGGAGUUAGAGGUGGCGGAAUGUCAGAUACAAGAGAGUAUAGUGGAAUGGGCGGAAGGAUGGAUAUGAACAGAGGGGGAUAUGGAGGACGAGAUAAUGCUUUUGCUGCUGGCGGUGGCGGCGGAGGGGUUGGGAGUGGUGGAAACGGUGGUAUGACUGGAGGAGCUAGAGGAAGUUCCAAUUAUGGCGGAAGGGAUGAUGGCUUUGACAGCGGUAUAAUAGACCGAGGAAACUUUGGCGGCGAAUACGGCAGUAUGGGAGGUAGAGGAGAUUUUAGUGCAUCUAGAGAUACAUAUGACGACGACCAAAGAGGAUUUGGUGGAAGCAGCACCACUGGCACUGGAACAGGAGGAGGAAUGCGCAGCCAGAUGGGAAACAGAAUGGGUAGUAAUUCUGGAGCUUACAACAAAACUUUUGCUUCUGAUUCAAUGGGAGGAAUGGGCAAUCAAGGAGUGAUGUUUGGUGGAGGAACGAGUCACGUGCCUUCUUCAACUCAAGUUAGCAUUCCGAGAGAUUUGGCUGGAGCUGUAAUCGGAAAAGGUGGAUCUCGCAUUCGUCAAAUAAGAGAAGAAUCCGGUGCUUCAAUUAUUAUGAGUGAAGGACAAGGAAACGAAGACCGUAUUAUAACAAUUAACGGUUCACCAGAACAGAUACAAAAUGCCCAGUAUUUGCUCCAAAUGAGAGCUUCUGUGAAGCAUGGGUUUUGGUGGUGGUUUAAACCUGGUAGAGCGGGUGUGGAAGACUAG